AUGAUCAGGCGCUGCUGUGUGCUGCCUCUGCGGGGCCGCAUUCCUUCUUUGGGUUUGUGUGGGCAGAGUCGCUGCUUCAGUUUGCAGCAGCAGCAGGGCUGGAGCCCUUCCUCUAUUAACAGCAGCAGUAGCAGUAGCAGCAGCAGCAGCAGCAGCAGCAGCAGCAGCAGCAGCAGCUGUAGGAGCAGCAGGAUUGGCUUCCUAGCAGCAGCAUCAACAGCAGCAACAGCAGCAGGUUACUGCAUCUAUUGGGAAUACCGCCGCCGCCGCAUUUUAUAUAAAGAUUUACCUGCACUGCGCAGACAGUUUGAGGGGGCCCCCCUUUCUAAUCAUGGGGGCCCCCCUUCUGGGGGCCCCUCUUCUGGGGGGCCCCCCUCUGGGGGCCCCCCCUCUGGGGGCCCCUCUUCUGGGGGCCCCUCCUCUGGGGGCCCCCCUUCCGGGGGCCCCUCCUCUGGGGGGCCCCCCUCUGGGGGCCCCUUUAGUGUGGAAGAGGGUACUGGAAUGGGGGGCCCCUUUUAUGGGAAGCUGUGGGGUCAAGCGACAGAUUAUUUUAUUGAGACAAGUUUAGAUAAUGGCGAUGUAUUGUUUUUUAAGAGAGAUCUGAAGGUUUUGUCUCCUUUUAAAGCUUUUGUCGUGCUGCUGCAGCGGCUACUGCUGCAGCAGCCUUUUGAUGAGGUAGGGGUUGUGCUGCAGCAGCACCAGCAGCGCUUUGUUGUGUCUGUACACCCCAAUGGGGGCCUCAGCUGCAUCCCUUAUGCAGCUAAACUUUCAGGCGAUAGUUUUCUGCUUGUUUGCUGCAAGCGGCUCAAGUGCUCCAAUGCACUUAGAAAAAAUAUACAAAAUAUUCUGCUGCAUGCAUGCAGCAGCAGCAGCAGCAGCAGCAGCAGCGGCAGCAGCAGCAGCGGCAGCAGUGAUGGCAGCAUUUACAGCAGCAAUAGCAGCAGCACCACCAAUAGCAGCAGUAGCACUACGACCACCACCAACAGCAGCAGCAGCAACAGCAACAACAACAGCAGCAGCAGCAGCAGCAGCAGCAGCAGCGAGAACGGGGUGAAUUUAUGUUUUGCUUCAUCUAGGGUUUCUAUUAUCUACACCAUAGCAGCAGAAUUGCUGCAGCGUUGGGGCUUCUUAAGCGACCCGCAAAAGACACAAGAACAGCUGCUGCUUGCAUGCAGAGAAGCUUCUAAUAAGUUGCUGCUGCAGCAUUUGCAGGCUACAAGGGAUGAUAUCCAACUCCCCCAAGAGCAGCAGCAGCAACAGCAGCAGCAGCAGCAAGAGCAACAGCAGCAGCAGCAACAGCAGCAGCAGCAGCAAGAGCAACAGCAGCAGCAGCAGCAGCAGCAGCAGCAGAAGUCUCACCAAGGAAAACUUUUGCGUGAAAUAAAUUCAGUAGAGGGCCUCAACAAAACGAACGGAGAAUGCAGCAACUCCACCUGCAGCAGCAGCAGCAGCAGCAGCAGCAGCAGCAGCAGCAGCAGGUAUGUGACAACAGCAGAGUUUGCUGUUCGCGUGCUGCAGGCAGCAGCGCUGCUGCCGCUGCAGCCGCAAGCCUCUCACUGGACAACUGCAGAUUUGCUUCAAUUAAAUGCUCUUCUCCCUCAGCAGCAGCAGCAGCAGCAGCAGCAGCAGCAGGAGCAGCAGCAGGAGGUGGAUGUUGCUCGUGAGGCUUUGAUGCUGCUGCCUUCUUAUUGUAAUUUAUUUUUUAUUAGACAAGAAGAAGAAGAGACAAACUCUUUAUUUAAAAGAGGAAUGGCGGAGUAUAAAGGAGUGCAAGACAGAGCAAGAAGGAGACAAUAA